AACCCUUAUUUUAAGUGUUUCUAAAAUCCACUAGUGGAAAAACGAUAGGAACCAUUUCCCUGACUGCUGUUUUGGCUUCGAGACAAUUCAUCUUUAAACGGAACAUGUAAGGUGGACUAUAAGGAGUAUCGACAGGCUCCUUUAGUUCAUUAUUGGGCUAAUUAUCUAGUUAACUAGACACUUAUCUACCUCUUCUUCAAAGAGUGUAGAUAGUUUAGCUAUAACAGAGGAAAUAAAUUACACCAAGCAGGCAUGGAAAGAGGAAAUGUCCAUUUGUGAGAGUAAUUUAUUUGUGCACGUGAAAUUUGGGGCGAUAAAACUGAACGUAAAAUUCAAGUCAUGGCAAUCACCUACAUGUGCAAAUAAUUGAUUGCUCUAAUUGGGAGAAAAUGUCAAAUAUAAUUCCAAACUUUUAGAUUAAUUUAUUUAAAUUGAUACUGGCGUCUAUAUUGCUCCCCUGCCAGCCCAAGAUCCAAGUGCCUCUUUGUAAAUGCCUGGCCAUUAAUGUUGCGGUAGAGGCUGAUACGUUGAUGUGGUGGUCUAAUCGAUAUAUCCUAUAGACCGAUGUUGUAGUGAAUGCUGUGUGACACAAGUGGAGUCCUAUUCAUUGCGUAUCCAUGUGGUGCGCUUCUAAUACCUAAACCUUAUUUUAAUGAUAAUAAUCGUAUAAUCUAACAAAUGUUUUAGAUUAUAUAUUUUUACGGUGACAACCCGCCACAGGUGCAUUGCGAUUUGCAGGCAUUCAUGACAGAACCGUGUUUAUUUUUCCUUGUGUUGUGCAACAUGUACAAGAUCAUACAGCUUGUGAAAAUGUGUUCUGUUUAUUUUUCUACAGUUGUGAAGUGACCCCAUAGUAUGGUCUUUGUCUGUCCAAUGGCAUUCCAGCCAUGUAGUAUAUUUUGUCGUCUUGUAUCCUUAUGAGAGGAGAGGGGAAACUAUUAAGGCAUCCCUUGCAGUAGUAAGAUUCUAAUAUUGUCACAAAGGGCAGCUGACAGGCUGCGCCUCCUGUAAUUUUAGCGCACACUGAUGCAGGAGAUAGAUUUAACGGGCAAUGGUUGGCAAGCACCCCCCUCCUAAAGACGCAGGGAGACUGAGAGAGGAGAGAGAGGGGUGUUGAGGGCAGUAUGCAAGAGAGAGUCAGAGAGAGUGAGAGUGGAGUCGUUUUGCUGUGGCUCCUCAGUAAACCCAAGUUAGAGACAGACAGGGCAUUGUAUUGACAGCAGCAUGAUCCUUAUCACAUUUGGACUCUAUCUUCCACUAUUGUUUUGUUAUGUCUUGUCUCAGUCCUCUUUCCUGGACAAUAUUCUUUCAUUCCCAGCAGCUCUCCAACAACAACCUGCCUUGGACCAGCAGAGGAAAUUCAACCCCUGCUGUUUACUGAGUCCACCCCCACCCCCCCUGUUCCCUCCUCCCUCACUGUGGCACCGCGGUGGUCAUAAUGAGGAGUCCAGUAAGAGGGGAAAUCACAGAGAAGAUCCAGAAACAGGGACGGAGCUGAAAGGUCCCAGCUGUGUCGCAGGCCCCCCUGGCCCCAGCGGACCCCCCGGUCCUCAGGGUCCAGCUGGUCUACCAGGUCUGAAGGGACCAAAAGGUGAAAAGGGAGAACUGGGACGACCUGGACAAAAGGGUCGGACGGGUCCUCCAGGUCUCACGGGGCGCCAGGGACCAGCCGGGUGGCCAGGACCAAAUGGGCCCAAGGGGGAGAAGGGAGAUGGUGGAUUGAUGGGAAUACCUGGAGCAAGAGGACCUCUUGGACCUAAGGGUUUACCUGGAUACAAAGGAGAAAAGGGUUCCCGUGGUGACCGUAGUGAGAGCGGGAUGAAGGGAGACAAGGGCACAAUGGGCUUCCCUGGAAUGCUUGGACAGAAAGGUGAAAUGGGUCCAAAGGGAGAACCUGGAAUCUCAGGGAAUAGAGGACCGACGGGCAGACCAGGGAAGAGGGGCAAACAGGGAGGGAAGGGUGACAAUGGGAUUAUCGGCCCUCUAGGUCCAGCAGGUCCUCAGGGGCCCCCAGGCCACCCUGGUCCCCCAGGUCUCCCAGCCUCAGGACUCUACGUGGUUGGAACGAAAGGUGAGAGGGGGCUACCAGGUCUUCCUGGACCUUGCAGCUGUAACUCCAUUAGUGUUAAGAGUCCACAGUUUGAUGAACAUAGUUCCAGGAGCGACUACGCCAAAGUGCCAGCGAUAUUUGUGGUAAACAAUCAGGAAGAACUAGAUGGUCUUCAUACAGACAAUGCCCUAGCCUUCCGGAAAGACCAGAGAUCGCUUUACUUCAAAGACACCAACGGAUGGCUGCCCAUUCAGACUUCUUUCUUCCAGCUGACGCCUUUCCAGUCUACGGAGAAUGCUCCGGAACAGGAGGGUUACUGUGGCGACGGGAUCGUUCAGAUUCCCAACGGGGAGGAAUGUGACGACGGGAAUAGGAUUGUCACCGACGGCUGCGUCAAGUGUAAACAUGCUUACUGUGGAGAUGGUUAUCGCUAUGACGGUGCCGAGGAAUGUGAUGGAAAGGACUUUGGCUAUCAGACAUGCAACUCAUAUCUCCCAGGGUCUUAUGGUCGUCUCAGAUGCACUCCGUACUGUGUCAUUGACUCUACAAACUGCAAGUAUUUCACAUGAGGAGGAACCUGGACACAGCAGUGGGAUGCUUCUUGUCUUGUUUGCUUUGGUACUGAACAGGAUGACGGUAAUGCAAAAAAAAGAUCAACAACAACACUGCAAACAAGAGACUCAAAAAGGAAGUGUUGACAAACUGGACUAAACCUGACAAAAUAACUAAAACUACACACACUAACUCUGUUGUAUCGCUGCUGAAGCCAUGUAGCUCCCGAGGAGGGGGGCCGGGGCCAGUAAAACGCCCCCUCAUCCAUUCGCACUGGACAAUUUCACUUUGUCUUAAAUAAAACUCAACCCAAGACUGAAGAGGUUCUGCCCACCUGAUAGGACCAGCCGCUGAAUGAGAGGCGGUCAAAUGAGAGACAGCCAGGAAGUGAGAGACAGCCAAUGGGAAAGCUCUGAUAAAGUGAGCGACUCGUGGGUGGAGCCGGAAGCCAUAUUUACCUCGACGUAGCACUGUUAAAGAAAAGAGAACCAGGUCUGAACAAUCAGAAGCAGGGUGCUGUGUAUUUUACUGCAACGUCAAUGACGUCAUGUACUGUAGCAGUUGCAUGAGGCUGAAAUUGCUGUGUGACCAUGGCUACAGAUGUCACUACCUGGGCAUUUAACCAAUCACAAUACUUACUAUCGUUGUCAUGAGCUUCGUACUGUGUAUAUAUAGUAGGUAUACGUCUCCAAUUGUACGUAGGGAGUAUAUUGUAUGUCAUAAUUUUACUAAUCAGGACAGGAGGGGCAUGUUAUAAUAAUACAGUAUUCAGGAGGAUUCUGAGAGCCUUGGUCAGUCUGUACUGAAGAGGCAGAUCUUAAGCCUUGGUCAGUCUGUACUGAAGAGGCAGAUCUUAAGCCUUGGUCAGUCUGUACUGAAGAGGCAGAUCUUAAGCCUUGGUCAGUCUGUACUGAAUUUGGCAGAUCUUAAGCCUUGGUCAGUCUGUACUGAAUUUGGCAGAUCUUAAGCCUUGGUCAGUCUGUACUGAAUUCGGCAGAUCUUAAGCCUUGGUCAGUCUGUACUGAAUUUGGCAGAUCUUAAGCCUUGGUCAGAUCCUCUUCAGAAGAACAGUAAAGCUAUGUACUGUAUAGUAGUAGCAUUUAGCCAAGAUGGCUGCCUGUGGAAAUAGCAGCCAAGCUGAUAGACCGGGAACCCUCACCUUCUGGUAGAACUGAACAGCAGACUUGUCCCAAAUGACACCCUAUUCCCUAUGUAGUGCCCUACUUUUGACUAGAGUCCAAUGGGCCCUGGUUAAAAGUAGUGCACUAUAUAGGGGAUAGUGUGCCAUUUGGACAGCCAGGCCCGUGAGCUCUAUUAGCUUUUGAUGGCACUGUACUGUAGUUGAAGAGGGCCGUUCAGAAUCUGGACAUUGUGGACAAGGUCAGCUUUGCUUUAGUUUAGAUUGACAUUUCCACGGUUUAACUCAGGAAUCACUAACAAAAUGUAGCUUGCGGUUUUCAGAGAAAUCCCCCCUCAUAUCCACUGUAGAACACAGAUGAGACCACCCAGUCUGUGCUGCACACUGACUGUUACACUAUCUCUCUUCUCACUCAGAAGUGCUUACUGUACACGUUGAUGACUCAUGCCAUCAGUCCUCUAGGUAAAGAGGAGGACCAGUGAACUACUGUCUGCAGGGAGAAAUGACACGUGAAGGCUGGCAAACUGUUAUUAUGACUGCUACUACUACAUGUUCUUAAAUCAUUUCCUCAUUGCAGAACAGGAAGCGUUUUUAGCUGCUAUUUGGUAGGAAGUGAAUUCCGAUAGUUAGGGUGGGAAACCUUAUGACAGUCUACGGUGCAUCAGCUCUGGACAUCUUUCUGUCUGGUAUUUAUAGCAGUACUCCUCUUGAUACCUCCAGCCCGCCUGCUUAAAUAACUGGAGCAGAACUACUGCACCACUCAGUGGAGAACUGAACACUAUAGUCUGCAUUACUUCCUGUAUUCCCUCAGUAGUUUAAGAGAACAUUUCAGGAUAAGCUGUUCUUUACCACAAGCUAUAGGUCGCCGUGCCAACGGAGGCCAACCUUUAACCUCACCCACACUUAGGAAAAUAUUGUUGCUCAUGUAAAAGUGGAUGUAUGAAAAUAUGUAAUUUCAAGACUGUUCUAAAUGUUACAUCUGCAUGUUAGUGGUACUGUAACUUACAAGUUGAAAAUGCAACCCAUUUGCCAAAGGAGGCUGUGAAUGAAGCCUACAUGCUGUAAGUAAAUAUUAGUCAACUCUCGACAAGGUAUAUGCUUUUAAAGAAAUAUUGAUGGUUCUUGUUAAUGUAACUGUAUAACUGUAAUGACUGAAUAUUAUGUCAACUUUUAUAUGACAGGUAUAACUGUAUUAUCCAUUGCACCGUGUAUAAACACAUUAAAUAUCCAUUUGUUUGGCUAA